AUGGAUAGCAUGAGUGAGGCAUUUGAUCAAAUGCAAAUGGUCAAGGAUGUUAUUGCCAACAGUGAUAAAGUUUCAGAGGUCCUACAAGAGUCUACUCAUCAGUUCAACCUGCUUACUUCACCCACCUUCCUACCAAAGGUCAAGGAUCAAGGGAAAUUCACUCUCCCUUGCACACUUGGGCAUCUUGAGAUUGACAAUGCCUUAGUGGAUUCUGGAGCAAGCAUCAAUCUGAUCUCUCUCUCCAUGGCAGAGAAGCUAGGCAUUGCUGGAGCCUUGCAGCGCCCUACUACUUCAAUCAUGUUUGGAGAUGCAACUUCUAAGUCUCCUCUUGGAGUGUUCAAGAACUAUCACUUGAAAAUUGGAGAAUGCAUCAUCCAAACUGAUCUCACUGUGAUGGAAAUGGAAGAAGAGAAGGAUUUGCCUUUGUUAUUGGGAACCCCUUUCCUUAGUACAGUUGGCGCUUCAAUAGACUUUCACAAGCAAGAAGUGAUCCUUCACAAGGUGAAUAGUUUGGUGUCAUAUCGCUUGCAGCCUAGAGGUUCAGACUUUUGUGCCACAAUUGACAGUACCACUCUCAGUUCUAAGAGUCAUGGAGCUACAAAGGUUGUGAAGGAAAGGUUGACAAGGAACCAAGAGUUGGGAAGGAUAAGGAUGAGAGAGGACCAAGGAUUGAGAAGCCACGUCUUGAGAGGGCUAGAGUUGAGAAACCACGAUCUGAUAGGCCAAGAGCUGAGAGACUUGUUCAAGCCCCUUGUGUGCUUGAUGAAGAGAGCCUUCAAGCUUUGUUUGAUGAGCCACUAG